AUGGCGUGGAAAGAAGUUGACACUGCUACGGAUUUGCUCAGCUCCACACUGACCUCUUGCCUCGACAACCUGUGCCCACUAGUCACUAAACCUGCAAGACCUUCACAACCGCGACCAUGGCUGACAGAGACCAUCCGGGCUCUACGUACCACCCUCAGAGCGGUGAAAAGGAAAUGGCGCAAAACCCGUAACCCAUCUGACCUCGAAAAACAUAGAUCUCUACUAGCCUCCUUCUCCACCUCUGUAACAGCUGCCAAGACGACCUACUACAACGACAAGAUCAGCAACACUACAGACCCACGUAAGCUGUUUUCUACAUUCAAGUCACUGCUCAACCCUCCCCCCCCUCCUGCGCCCACAGACCUGAACCCAGACAACUUUGCCACCUUCUUCACGGAAAAGAAGGCAAAUAUUAGCAAGCAAUUCUGUGAGCCGCCCACCCGCUCAGAAGACACCCCCCUGGAAAACACGCUGCAAAACUUCAUUUUCACUCUGCUCUCCGAAGAAGACGUUUCCAAACUCAUCACAAGAAGCCGUCCCACUACAUGCCUACUAGACCCAGUGCCCACGAACCUUCUUCAAGACAUUGCCCAAACAGUGGUCCCAGCAAUCACAUCCAUCAUGAACUCCUCACUCUCCUCGUGCACUGUCCCCUCCGCCUUCAAACAAGCAAGGGUGACACCACUACUGAAGAAGCCUACACUGAACCCUGCUCAUGUCGAAAACUACAGACUUGUCUCACUGCUUCCCUUCCUAUCCAAGACGCUAGAAAGGGCAGUUGCAAAGCAGGUCACCAACUUCCUAAACCAGAACGGAUUACUGGACCCAAAACAAUCUGGUUUCAGAAGUGGACAUUCAACUGAAACUGUGUUACUCUCAGUGACUGAAGCACUAAGGACUGCAAGAACGGAAGGACUAUCCUCGGUCCUCAUCCUACUAGACCUGUCUGCAGCCUUUGACACAGUCAACCACAAGAUCCUCAUGAGGAUACUCACAGCCAUGGGAAUUACAGGCGUUGUCCACUCAUGGUUCAACUCCUACAUCUCUGGACGCACCUUCAAUGUGUCAUGGCAAGGGAAACUGUCUACGACUCACACCCUCUCCACAGUUGUACCCCAAGGAUCAGUGCUGGGACCCCUUCUGUUUGCAAUAUACACCUCCUCCCUGGGAUGUGUCAUUCAAACACAUGGGUUCUCCUACCACUGCCAUGCUGAUGACUCCCAGAUGUACCUGUCGUUCCGUCCAGAGGACACCACGGUUUCGGAACGCAUCUCUGCCUGCCUCACCGAUUUGUCAACAUGGAUGAAGGACCACCACCUACAGCUGAACCUGGCCAAGACAGAGCUCCUGUUGAUCCCAGCUAAAGAGUCGCUCAGUCACAACAUCAACCUCAAGAUUGGCUCCACCAUCGUGACCCCAAACAGAGUCGCCAAAAACCUUGGCGUCAUGAUUGAUGAUGAGCUGUCAUGCUCCAACAACAUCAACUCAGUCACCCGGACGUGUCGAUUCCAGAUGUCCAACGUACGGAAUAUCAGACCUGUGCUGACACAAUAUUCUACACAACAACUGGUCCAGGCCACGGUCUUGUCCCACGUUGACUACUGCAACUCACUCAUGACAGGUCUACCUGCUUGUGCGCUAAAACCUCUGCAGAUGAUCCAGAAUGCGGCGGCACGGUUGGUAUUCAAUCAACCCAAAAGGACCCAUGUUACUCCUCUUAUUGAGUUGCACUGGUUACCGAUCGCCGCCCGGAUCAAGCACAAGGCAUUGACCCUUGCCUACAAAACCAUCACAGGAACAGCCCCAGCUUAUCUGAAGGACCUACUAACGCCCUAUGUUACUGGAAGAGAACUGCGCUCAUCCAGCACAAGCCGUCUGGCUCUGCCAUCCAGUCGCUCUAGGUACUCCCAGUCAAGAUUGUUCUCCGUUGUGGUACCCAAGUGGUGGAACGACAUCGGUGGGGCUGUGGUGGCGGGGCCCCUGGACUGCAACGAGAUGGGCGCCGGCUCCCCGCGCUGCGCCUCCAUCACCCAGGAGAAGCUGCUGGACCGCAUCAUCCAGCACGCCGAGCUCAUCUACCGCGUGUCAGAGGAGUCCUGCACCCUAUUUGAGGACUUGUUUGUGCCCUUCCCCAUGCGCACUGUGAGGAACCAGGCGGGGAGCACAUGCAUCACUAAGCCGUUCCCCAUCCCUGCCUCCAAGAGCGAGAUCCAGCAGACAUCGGACCAGUGGCUGCUGACAUCCGUGUUAGUGCUGGUGCAGUCGUGGGUGGAGCCCUAUCUCUACCUCCAGACCACCCUGAACGUCUACGACAACGCCCCCAACACCCUGCUCAACAAGACCAAGUGGGUGUCCGACAAGCUGCUCAGCCUGGAACAGGGCCUACUGGUUCUCAUGCGAAAGAUGUUUAAUGAGGGCGUCCUGGUGCCGUACGAGCCGAGCCUGGUCCAGUCAGAGCUGCCGCUCGACAUGCUGGAGUCCAUCCUGCGCGACUACAACCUGCUCACCUGCUUCAAGAAGGACGCCCACAAGAUCGAGACCUUCCUCAAGCUCCUCAAGUGCCGCCAGAGCGACAAGCAGACUUGCCUGGUCUACUAA